GGAAGUGAAUGAAGCCGUCACCGCUGUCCACAUCUAAACCACUCCCGUGACCGGCAACAAAAUCCUCCUCUGAAAACUCACAUUUGGAAAACUCAUACAUUUUUCAAGCCAUCACAAUCUGACCCUAAGAUGGAGGACCCCUACAGAGACCGGACGUCUCUGUCAAAAGGCGCUCGCGACAUUGCCAAAGAAGCCAAACGCCACGCGGUCAAAAAAGUCAACAAAGUGGUAGACCGAGCAUCAGAAGAAUACGCCGGACGCUCUUACAGUCGUUUUGAAAAUGACGAAGAAGACGGCGGAGAUGAUGGUUAUUAUUAUCAGGACGGUCAAAAUCAUAGAGAAGACGACGAAGGAUCUAGUGACGCAACCGAAGGACAUGAUGAUGAGGACGAAAUAUAUGAGGGCGAAUAUCAGGGUGUGCCAGCAGGGGGCGGGGCUGUGAAUGGGCGGGGCCAGGCUGCGAUUGGCCAGAAUCUGAAGGAUAAACGUGAGCUGGAAAAGGAGCGCGAGGCGGAUGAGGAAGAGCUGGCGCAGCAAUAUGAGCUGAUUAUUCAGGAGUGUGGACACGGACGCUUUCAGUGGCAGCUCUUCUUCGUUCUGGGACUGGCGCUCAUGUCUGAUGGAGUGGAGGUGUUCGUGGUGGGCUUCGUUCUGCCCAGCGCUGAGACCGACAUGUGUGUGCCCAAUUCUGGAGCCGGUUGGCUGGGCAGUGUGGUGUAUCUGGGGAUGAUGGUGGGAGCGUUUUUCUGGGGUGGUCUGUCAGAUAAAGUGGGCCGCCGUCAGUGUCUGCUGGUCUGUAUGUCAGUCAACGGAUUCUUCGCCUUCCUGUCGUCCUUCGUUCAGGGAUACAGCACCUUCCUCUUCUGCAGGAUGCUCUCGGGAUUCGGGAUUGGCGGUGCGGUCCCCAUCGUGUUCUCAUAUUUCGCGGAGUUUCUGGCCCGGGAGAAGCGCGGGGAACACCUCAGCUGGCUCUGCAUGUUCUGGAUGGUGGGCGGGAUCUACGCCUCAGCCAUGGCCUGGGCUAUUAUACCACACUACGGCUGGAGCUUCAGUAUGGGCUCAGCAUAUCAGUUCCAC